GGCGAGCGUAUUUAAGUGACGUGGACAAGCUGCUGGAGCGUAGCUUCGAAAUUCUCGGUGAAGAUGGUGUCUACAGGCCUUCUGGUAGGAGUAUUCUGCAUCUCGGCGCUGCAUGCCGUCAGCUCAUUAAAAAUAGUGGGCCAUGCAAUCCGUGGAUCGGAGACGAUGGAGAAAGAGAAAUUCGAGAUUUCUCCUAAAGCAGAUCCCCACAAUGGAGUCCAAGGGGGAAAAACAACAGAGACAGAAAAACAGUCUGUCGUCAUGUUCGAAGUAAAACCAAUCGAUGACGGCGAGGGUUAUAAUAUGGACAAAGACUUCAAAAAAGUACCAACGGCCCCUCAGAAUUCUUCUGACGCUGAGGCUGAACGCAGUGAUCCCGUCGAUGACGCAUCAAAGGCUAUGCAGAAGGCACUGGGAAACGCCGUGGCAGAGUUCUUGCCAGCUGCAAGGAAGUGACAGCCACUAGUGAAUCGUGCUGUUGGAAGAGCAAUAAAUGUCUGCUGUUGAGAAAAGGAA